GCACAAUCGAUCCGGUUGCAGGGGCAAUCAACAAGCUGAUGUUGCUGAAACGCACAGAGUGAAAACGCUGACAAGAUGGAUUUCAAUGUCAAGAAACUUGCGUCGGAUGCAGGUGUCUUCUUCACUCGUGCUGUUCAGUACACAGAGGAGAAGCUUGGCCAGGCAGAAAAGACUGAACUAGAUGCCCACCUGGAGAACCUGAUUGCCCGAGCUGACUGCACCAAAAACUGGACUGAGAAGAUCUUCCGACAGACUGAGGUGCUGCUUCAACCCAACCCAAGUGCCCGUAUUGAAGAGUUCUUCUAUGAGAAAUUGGACAGAAAGAUUCCAUCCAGAACCACCAAUGCAGAACUGCUGGGCCAGUAUAUGCAGGAUGCUGCGAAGGACUUUGGACCAGGAACUCCAUAUGGCAGUACUUUGAUCACUGUGGGAGAGUUUCAGAGGAGAUUGGGUGCAGCAGAGAGGGAAUUCCUACAGACAUCAGCCAUCAACUUCCUCACACCUCUGAGGAACUUUCUAGAAGGUGACUGGAAAACCAUUUCGAAAGAGAGAAGGCUUCUGGAGAACCGGCGCCUUGACCUGGAUGUUUGCAAAGCCCGGCUCAAGAAGGCGAAAUUAGCUGAGGCCAAGGCUGCUGCAGCGCCUGACUUUCAGGAGACUAGGCCACGCAAUUAUGUUCUGUCUGCCAGUGCAUCUGCGUGGGAUAGGGAAUUUGGUGAUUCAGAACUGAUUGACACAAGAAAGGUUGUACAAGCUUUGAAUUUUGCGCUCUUGAGUGCGGAAGUGGAUAAAGCAGAGCACGAGUUGCGUGUGGCUCAGACUGAGUUUGACAGGCAGGCAGAGGUGACACGCCUCCUACUGGAGGGGAUCAGCAGCACACAUGUGAACCACUUGCGCUGUCUGCAUGAGUUUGCGGAAGCCGAGGUUGCUUACUAUGCACAGUGUCACAAGCACAUGCAGGACCUUCAGAAAGAGCUGAGCAGAGCAAACGGAGAUACGUUUCCUGAUGCUUUUGCUGUUAAUGCCUCCACGUCAGGGAUGUCACCAGGACCUGCUCCCCUUCCCACUGCCACCCUGCCUGGGGUUUCUUCACCUAGCCAUCCCCCCAAUGGCUCCAAUGCUCUUGAGUCCAACACGCUGAAAAUUGAGGAGGUGAAGCCACCAGCCACUGGUACUCGCAAGGCCAAAGUGCUUUAUGAUUAUGAUGCUGCAGAUACAAGUGAACUUUCCCUUCUCGCUGAUGAGCUGAUUACUGUGUACACGGUGCCUGGCAUGGAUCCAGACUGGCUUAUUGGAGAACGAGGCAACCAGAAAGGCAAAGUACCUGUUACAUACCUGGAGCUCCUAAGCUAGAUGCCCCCACUCUUGACGGAGUCAUAUUGAAUUAUGCAUGAACAAAUAUACAAGCACUCCUGAACACAGUGAAUUUGUCCUUUUUUUUAUUUUUAUUUUUUAUAUGUAUAUAUAUAUAUAUAUAUAUAUAUAUAUAUAUAUAUAUAUAUAUAUAUAUAUAUAUAUAUAUAUAUAUAUAUAUAUAUACCUAGAUUUAGAUCUAGGUCUGUCCUGUUCUGAUGUUACAGUGCACAAAUACUGAUUUCUGUUUUUGUAGGCCUGAUUAUGUUCCAUGUAUGUUAUUUCAUUUGAACUACCCUGCAUAAAUAGUUUCUUAAAUAGUUUUUAUUUCUUCUAUGAUCCUGUCACUGCUAGAUUUUUAUUAAGUCUUUGUUGUUUUUGUGUUGGUGAUUGGUGUGUGUGAGGACAGUAUGUGUGCAAGAGUGUGUUCUAUUAAAUAUCCAGACUUCGUGUCUUCAUUGUAUGUAAUGUCUCAUUUACCAUGCUUGUAUUCCAUGGUGGUCUUGGUUUGAAAACUGAGGCAUUUGUGUUUUGUUGAUGAUUGACAAGUUUGUAAAAGUAAUGGGUCCAGUUAUAAUGUGAUUAACUGUGAUCUAAUCAUAUUUAGAAGACUGAUUUUCUUAACCCCCAUUAGGACUUCUCAUUCACACAGUCGGCGCAUUCCCACUUUCAUAUCCGUGUUCUAUGCUUGUUCAAAGUAAGUGAUGCAAAUUGAAUGAAUAAAACUUGAAUAUAA